CCACUAAAGGUGAAAUUCUCUCUUAGGUGCGGCAUCGCUUUGGCCUUGAAUAAGCUUUCCCAGCACCUGGAAAGCUCCCAGGUGAAGCCCCUUUUCGAGUUCUUUGUCCCCGAUGCCCUCAACGAUCGUCACCCCGAAGUUCGGAAGUGCAUGCUGGACGCUGCCCUCUCAGCCCUUAAUACUCAUGGCAAGGAGAGCGUCAACUCCUUGCUGCCAGUCUUUGAGGAGUUCCUCAAGAAUGCCCCCAACGAUGCCAGCUACGACGCCGUCCGGCAGAGCGUGGUCAUUCUCAUGGGGUCACUCGCCAAACAUUUGGACAAAAGUGAUCCAAAAGUAAAACCCAUCGUGGCCAAGCUGAUCGCCGCGCUCUCUACGCCAUCCCAACAGGUUCAGGAGUCCGUGGCCAGCUGCUUACCACCUCUCGUGCCAGCCAUCAAAGAAGAUGCGGGCAGCAUGAUCCAGAAGCUACUGCAACUUCUGCUGGAAUCCGAUAAGUACGCCGAGCGCAAAGGAGCUGCUUACGGGCUAGCCGGCCUGGUGAAAGGGCUGGGAAUCCUUUCCCUGAAGCAGCAGGAAAUGAUGGCCAAGCUGACCGAUGCCAUCCAGGACAAGAAGAACUUCCGGCGGCGGGAAGGGGCUUUGUUUGCCUUUGAGAUGCUCUGCACCAUGCUGGGGAAGCUCUUCGAACCGUACGUGGUCCAUGUACUGCCCCAUUUGCUACUCUGCUUCGGAGACGGCAAUCAGUACGUUCGGGAGGGUGAUGGGGAACACGUUCAGACAAUAAAAGAAGAUGAACUAAUUAACUUGAUAGAUGGUGUUUUGCACGAUGAUGAUAAGAAUAAUGAUGGUUAUAUCGACUAUGCUGAAUUUGCUAGGUCAAUGGAAUAA